AUGGACGACCAGACAAAGGCAGAGUACGAGUCGCAAUCCCAGAAUCUCCGCACAGAACUGAAAAGCUGGGAGAGCUCCUGGGCAAAAUCCCACGACGGCAAGAAGCCGGGAAGAGACGACAUCAAGCGCAACGCUGACAUCGCGCAAAAAUACAAACAAUACAACAAAGUCCGCGACAUCUUGUCCGGGAAGAUCCCACCGCCUGCGAAAGAAGACCCGAGAGCGACGAGGAGGAAAGACAUCCCAGCCCCGACAGCAACACCCUCGAAACGACACAAGCAUGCAGAAACUCCGUCCAAGAAAAGAUCGAACAACGAUAAUGCAGCUCUCAUCAGCACUCCGUCGAUCUCCAAGACCUUGUUCAGUCCCGCAGCCCCCAGAUCAAUAGGACCCACGCCGCAGCGCGAUGGCAGGGUCCUCGGACUGUUUGACCUCAUGGUAGAGCGCGAGCUGGGUACGCCAUCGAGAAGGAAUGGGAAUGGGAAUAUAAACACGCUCGCGGACUCGGAAGUGAGACCUCUUACGACACCGAGGAAACGUGCCACCCCCAUGGACGAGGAAAGCAAUACCAAACUUGGACGAACACCAAUGUCUACAAGCAAGAGGCAGAUGCUAGACAGCUUCAUGACACCUUUGAAGAACAAAGAAGGAACCGCAAUUGACGCAAAGACUCCUACGACAGUCUCGAAGCUUCAAUUCAGCACCCCAUCGUUUCUCAAGAGACACACCCAGCCACACCCACCAGAGAAGAACGAUUUUGCUGCUCCGCCGCUACGCCUGCCCCGAAAACCUAUGGUUCGCGGCCUCAGCGCUAUUGUGGCUAGCCUUCGGCAGGUGGAGGAAGAACAACAUGACGACGACGAAGAAGCCCUCCGGGAAGCUGAAGGCGGCGAGCCGCAGCCAAAGGCCCCGCCAAAGCCGAGAGAAGAUAUUCUCGCCGCGGACAGCCAAGUACAUCUGCCGCUUGGUGGGUUUGAUGACGAAGGGAUGUACGACAGUCCUGAUGAGGAGCAAGUGGAUCGCAACGGAAACCCGUUGAGGAUAUUCAAGAAGAAGGGCCAGAAGCGAACGACGAGACGCUCGAACAUGAAGCCAAACUUUGUCAAAAGGCCAUCAGCUCCGGCGGAGAACGAAGCGCAGGGCGAAGACGACGACUUCGUGCCAGAAACGCAAGCGAAUGGUGUCGCAGACGACUUACCCGAUGAGUUAGCAGACAUGUCGGACGCGGACUUCAACGGUACUGCUCCAAAGGCCAGCAGCUCGAAGAAGACGGAGAAGGUGGGAGCAGUCAAGAAGGCUGUCAGAAAAGUGAACGAGGCGGCGCACACAAACUUCCGGCGUUUGAAAUUGAAGAACAAUGGCGCAAAGGGAGGACCGGGAUACAACAGCAGAUUUAGAAGGCGGCGCUGA